UUGGUUGGUUUUAGUUAGUUAAAUUUAACCGAUAUAACCUAAUAUAUAUUAAAAUUGCAUGCCAUUCAUGGUAAUUUCAUUACAACGUAUCAUUAUUUUAUUUUAGUAAUAUAAUGUCAUUGUUUAUUUGUUAUAAAUUAUAGUGAAUCGACCUACUUUUGACUAGGCAAUUUUAUAAAUUACAAUAUUUUAGAUUCUGAGUGGAGCGAUGAAUGUAUUGAUUUUACAAUGAUGUGUGUUUAAUUUAUUUUUUUAGUUUUGUGUCUGUCACCACUGUUUGAGGCAGUUAAACUGAUUCAAUUUUCUUCAACAGUAUCUUUUUUGAUGGGAAAGUGAAUUUAGUUGGUGCAUUCGGGAGAUUAAGUUUUAAAAUUCCCAAUAGUUUUCAAUAGCACCGGGAUAAACAACAUAAUAAUUAUGGGAACGCGGGAAUUUUUACGCAAAACGGUUUUCGACAAAAUUGAUUUUGGUUUUUGGUGUAACUUUAAAACAAAUGUACGUAUGUUAAUGACAUUUUCACUUAUUGUUUAUAUUUGCAUUUUCUAUACACGAUAACAUUUUCAAAAUAUUUUAUUUUAUUUUGAACUAUUUAGGGACAUUUUUAGUUUCCAAAUUUAUUAGUUUUUUUUUCUAUGAAUUUCAAUAAAACUUUAUUUGUUGGGUAAAAAUGUAUGGAAAUUUAAUACAAAACUAUAUUGUUACAAUUACAUUUAAAAAUAUUAAAAAUCCAAUCUCAAUUUUAUAUAAGCAUUUAAAGUUCAACUAUUGACAAAAUACGUAAAAUUCACGAAAAUGUACAAAUCUUAUUGAGUUCAGAAUUCGUAAAAUUUUUUUUUUUAAAUUUAAGAUUUGAAAAUGUAAUACGAGAUUCCUCAUAAGUUUGUUUACCUUUAUCAAAGAAAAAAAUGUCUACAAGCAAAUCAAAAUAAAUUUUUAUUAGCGUUUGAAGUUCAUAUUUUUACGAGAAUAGAUAUUCACUCGAUUUCAAAUGUAGUGGUUUUGUUAUUUUGUUGAAAAUUCAAAAACAUAUUACUGUAGAUACAUGAAAAUUUCACUGACUAAAAUACAUAGGCAUAAUUUUUUUUUAUAAGCAUUUAAAGUUCAAAUUUUGACAACAUUUAUCAAAUUUAAAAUUUAAUAAUGUAUUAAAGCUCAACUUUUAUAACUAAGGAUUGAAAAUUUAAAACAAGGUUCUACAUUAUUACUUAAUUCACAAUAAUAUAAUGUUACAAAGAAUAAAGGAGAUAGUGAGGAGCCAUCCGUCAGUCAUAAAGGUGAUCAUACGAAAAACCCGUAUGUUACCCAUAAUAUAUAUGAUAUCAAAAAGCUAUCUGUCGGUCAUAAAGGAGGUCACACUAAAGACCCGUAUGUUACCCAUAAUGAAGAAGAUACUGGGAAAACAUCCAAUUAUCAUAAAGUAGAUCAUUCUAAAGACCUUUAUGUUACCAAGAAUGAAGAAGAUAAUGAGGUGCCAUCCGGUGGUCAUAAAGGAGAUCAUACUAAGGACCCUUAUGUUACCAAGAAUGAAGAAGAUUCCGAGGAGCCAUCCGUCGGUCUUAAAGGAGAUCAUUCUAAAGAACCGUAUGUUACCAAUAAUGAAGAAGAUACUGAGGUGCCAUCUGUUCGUCAUAAAGAAUUACACCAUGCAUGUUUUUGGUUUGAUUUUGUUUGCCGGAAUGGCUUCAUCAUCGGCAAUCGCAGAAAUGUCUAUUCCACAACUAACAGUGGACAGCUACCCGGCAUAUGAUGAACAGUCCUCGACAGGGCUCAAGCCAACGACCAUUUUGGAGACUUCAACACUAUCAGAUGAAAACGAUGAUCAAGAUUGUAUAUGUACACCUUACCAUUUGUGCAAAAGUCAUAAACCGGACUAUGAAGGCCACGCACUUAUAAAUAUAAGAAUAAACGCAGCUCCGUGUCAAAGUUAUUUGGACGUUUGUUGCAAUGAUGAUAAAAUUACUUCGAUCGAAAAAUCUAGUCCUGAAGAUUAUAGCAAAGAACCAAGUAUUGACCAAAUGGCUGUUACUAAUAAUCCGUCUGACGGCCAAACAGAUGAUUCUAGUAAGAUUCCAUCUGGUGGUCAAAAAGAAGAAUUUACUAAAGAAUCAUUCGUUCAUCAAAAAGGCAAUUUCACUACAGAACCAAAUGUUAGCAUUAGUGAAGAUAACUCUAACAAUCCAUCUGACAGCCAAACAGAUGAUUCUACUAAAAAUCCGUCUGAAAGCCAAACCGAUAAUUCUACUAAGGAUCCAUCUGACGACCAAAAAGAAGAAAAUACUAAAGAACCAUUUGUUGAUCAAAAAGGAGAUUUUACUCAAGAACCAAAUGUAAACCAUAAUGAAGCUGAAAACACUAAAAAUCCAUCUGACAGCCAAACCGAUAAUUCUACUAACGAUCCAUCUGACGGCCCAAAAGAAGAAUAUACUAAAGAACCAUGCAUUUGCCCAAUAGAAGAUUUUAAUAAGAAACCGUUUGACAGUCAAUCUGAGAAUCUUACCAAAGAUCCGUCUGUAGAUCAUUCGUAUGCAAUGACCGACAAAUCGAUUCUUAAACAUAAUAUUAUUACGACCGAACCCGGCCAAACCUCUAAUAAUCAUGAAGAUCAACAUCAAUGUGGUACUUGGAAUAAAAAUGGAAUUGGUUUUAGAAUUGGAGAUGCAAUUGAUAAUGAAUCAGAGUUUGGUGAAUUUCCAUCAAUGGUGGCCAUAUUCAAAGAAAAUGUAUCGAAAGAGGGUGAAAAAAAACUUGUGUUGCAUUGCGGGGGUUCGUUAAUCGAGAAAGACGUAAUUUUAACAGCCACUCAUUGCGUGAUAAAGGAAGAUAUCUCGACUUUGAUCGUCCGUGCAGGUGAAUGGGACUUAAAAACAGAAAAAGAAAUAUAUCCCCAUCAAGAUCGUAGAGUAUCCAAAAUUGUUACCCAUCCUGAUUAUAGCAAAAAAGGAAUUUAUAAUGAUGUGGCCUUAAUUUUUACCGACAACUCAUUUUCUUUACAAGAAAACAUCCAACCUAUAUGCUUACCUUCGACAAAUGAUAUUUUUAUAAAUGAUAAGUGUUACUCAGGUGGUUGGGGUAAAACUGUUUCUUACAAUAACUAUACAAUUAUCAAGAAAACAGAAUCCGGAAAAACUAAAGAAACUGGUCAAUACGAAGUCAGUAUACUGAAAAAGGUUGAGCUUCCUAUUGUUCCUCGGAAUAAAUGUAUGGAUGCACUCCGGGCCACUAGACUUGGACCAAAAUUCGUACUGCAUGAUAGUUUCAUAUGUGCCGGUGGUCAAGAAGGAAAAGACACGUGUAAAGGCGAUGGUGGCAGUCCGUUAAUGUGCCCGUACAAAGAUUAUCCAGAUCGUCUAGUUCAAGUUGGUAUCGUGGCUUGGGGUAUCAGUUGCGGUUUGGCAGAUAUACCCGCGGCUUAUGUCAAUGUCGCCGGUUACGUGUAUUGGAUUAAAAAUGAAAUAGAAAAAGGGCAUUGAACAUUUCUGUUUACAAAUAGUGUGUAUGCAUUAGGUACCUGCAUACAAACUAUAAUAUGUUCAAAUUGAACUUCUACGGGUUCCUAUAUUAAUUUAUUUUAUAUCAGGUCUGAUUAGACGAUUUUAUACAAUAAUUAGUACUGUCUAGAAGUAUAAUAGUUAUCAUAGUUUUGGUAAGUUUAUAUUAUUAUGGAAAUCAUCAUUACCGUGAAAAAAUUAUUGUUUGGAAUAUAAUAUGUAGCAACAUCUUCAGUAGAACAUAAUAUUGUAUUCAUAUUAUAGUAGGUAUAUUUAUAAUUUUAUUUUCAAGAUUGUAAUCAUUAUGUUCUUAUUACAUUUUUUAAGUUUUAAUUUUGAAUAAUGACACAACAUACCUGUGCAGGAUACAUUAUAUUAUACUAUUAAAGGCCUGCUUAUAUAAUUUAUAUUAUGAACCUAGCAUAUUUUUUUAUUUUUUUGUUGAAAUUAACUAAUUUAUUAAUCUGUCUGAAGUCACAACUGUUACAAUUCAAUAUUCAUGGACAAUCACGACGUCAAUAAAUGUACACUUUAUAAUUAUCUUUCAUGUAUUAACAACUAAAUACUAAAUAUAAGUACCUAUAAAGGGCUAUUAUAGAACUAUGAAUUUGA